AUGGCGCCAGCGUUACGCAGAUGCACGCUACACCCAGGAAGUGCUCCGAACCUGGCCCUCUCCCUGGCGGGGAUGGGCAGGGCCAGCUGCGCAGUGGAUGGCGCCCCCUUGAGCACCCUCUCGGCCACGUGGGUGCUACAGCCCUUGGCACGCCUUGGCAAGCUCUUUCAAGAGCGCUACCUUAUAGCGUCGGUCGCUGGGGAGAGGCGCUCCACCGCUCCAGUGUUGCGGACAUUUACUCCUGGAGGCCAUGCGGGCCAACCCACCCCCCAGGUGCCCGUUGGCUGCCGCCGCCCUCCCAGUCCGGGAGUAGACGAGGGGGGAUGGGGAGGGGGUGACCGGGCGGGGCUGCCGCUGGGAGCGACGGAGGGGAGAAACUGUUUCCCCCUUCCAUUAUCAUCCUUCCUGGACACCAAUGUAGAUGAGGCUGGAGUUCAGGGUGCCGACCAUGCACACGUUGUGAGUGGAUGGGGGAACAGAUGCGCUUGGGUGGAUGGCUGCAUUGACUGGUCAGUGGAUCUCAAGACAUACAUGGCUUUGGCAGGUGAACCAGUACGGGUGAAAUGCGCCCUUUUCUACAGUUAUAUUCGCACCAACUAUAGCAUGGCCCAGAGCACUGGACUCAGGCUUAUGUGGUACAAAAACAAGGGUGAUUUGGAAGAGCCCAUCAUCUUUUCAGAGGUCAGGAUGAGCAAAGAAGAAGAUUCAAUAUGGUUUCACUCAGCUGAGGCACAAGACAGUGGUUUCUACACUUGUGUUUUAAGAAACUCGACAUAUUGCAUGAAGGUGUCAAUGUCCUUGACUGUUGCAGAGAAUGAAUCAGGCCUGUGCUACAAUAGCAGGAUACGGUAUUUAGAGAAAUCUGAAGUCACUAAAAGAAAAGAGAUCUCCUGCCCAGACAUGGAUGACUUUAAAAAGUCUGAUCAAGAGCCUGAUGUUGUGUGGUACAAGGAAUGCAAGCCAAAAAUGUGGAGAAGCAUAAUAAUACAGAAAGGAAAUGCUCUUCUAAUCCAAGAAGUUCAAGAAGAAGAUGGAGGAAAUUACACUUGUGAACUUAAGUAUGAAGGAAAACUUGUGAGACGAACAACUGAAUUGAAAGUUACAGCUUUACUCACAGACAAGCCUCCCAAGCCAUUGUUCCCCAUGGAGAAUCAGCCAAGUGUUAUAGAUGUCCAGCUGGGUAAGCCUCUGAACAUCCCUUGCAAAGCAUUCUUUGGAUUCAGUGGAGAGUCUGGACCAAUGAUCUACUGGAUGAAAGGGGAGAAGUUUAUUGAAGAACUGGCAGGUCACAUUAGAGAGGGUGAAAUAAGGCUCCUCAAAGAGCAUCUUGGAGAAAAAGAAGUUGAGUUGGCACUCAUCUUUGAUUCAGUGGUGGAGGCUGACCUGGCAAAUUAUACCUGCCAUGUGGAAAACCGAAAUGGACGGAAACAUGCCAGUGUUCUGCUGCGUAAAAAGGAUUUAAUCUACAAAAUUGAACUUGCAGGAGGCCUGGGAGCAAUCUUCCUUCUCCUUGUACUGCUUGUGAUCAUCUACAAAUGCUACAAUAUUGAAUUAAUGCUCUUCUACCGACAGCAUUUUGGAGGUGAUGAAACUACCAAUGACAACAAGGAAUAUGACGCCUAUCUGUCUUACACAAAAGUGGACCAAGAUACUUUAGACUGUGACAAUCCUGAAGAAGAACAGUUUGCUCUUGAAAUACUGCCAGAUGUCCUGGAAAAACACUAUGGAUAUAAACUCUUCAUCCCAGAAAGGGACCUGAUUCCAAGUGGAACAUACAUUGAAGAUCUCACAAGAUUUGUUGAGCAAAGCAGAAGACUUAUUAUCGUGCUAACUCCAGACUAUAUUCUCAGACGAGGAUGGAGUAUUUUCGAAUUGGAAAGCAGACUCCAUAACAUACUAGUCAGUGGAGAAAUCAAAGUGAUUUUGAUUGAGUGUACAGAAAUAAGAGGAAAGGUGGAUUGCCAGGAAAUAGAAUCACUAAAGCACAGCAUCAAACUUCUGUCCCUAAUCAAGUGGAAGGGACCAAAAAGCAGCAAAUUAAAUUCUAAGUUUUGGAAGCAAUUAGUAUAUGAAAUGCCCGUCAAGAAAAAAGAAAUGCUUUCUCGGUGUCAUGUUCUGGAUUCUGCAGAACAAGGACUUUUUGGAGAACUCCAGCCUAUACCCUCUAUUGCUAUGACCAGUACCUCGACCUCUCUGGUGUCAUCUCAAGCUGCUCUUCCUGAUUUCCACCAUUCAGAUUCAAUGCAAGUGAGACACUGUUGCAGAGGUUAUAAACAUGAGAUGCCAACCACCACCUUGCCAGUACCUUCCUUAGGCAACCACCACACUUAUUGCAACCUGCCUCUGACGCUUCUCAAUGGACAGCUACCCCUUAAUAAUGCCCUGAAAGAUACCCAGGAAUUUCAUAGGAACAAUUCCCUCCUACCUUUAUCAUCCAAAGAGCUUAGCUUCACCAGUGAUAUUUGGUAGUGAAAACUCUGAAGUCCUCUAAACAGCUAUGUGAACAUACAUAGAACAGAACAGAACAUACAUAGAACAAAAUUUCUGCUAAGCCAAGCAUAAAGUACACCUAAUAACACUGAGGUGCUGAAAAAGUGUUCAGAGUGAAAGGCACAGAAUCACUUUUGUACUUAAAAUUUGUGUUUACAUUUGCAGAAUAGUGGGUGUAAAGAAGGACCUGCUUUUGUAGUAUAGUACC